CUCUCUCUCUCCCGCAUCUCUUACUCAAUCUCUCCCGUAUACCUCUCUUCUGAAUCUUCUCCAUCUCGCUCUUUCAUCUCUUUCUCUCAUCUCGUUCUCAUAUCUCUCAUCUCUCGAAGCUCGAAUCUGCAAAAAUUUGGGAAAGGGGGCUGGUUCGACGACUUUAAAGAAGGAGCUCUGUUGUUUUUCUCUCGUAGCUUUAAUUUGGUCGAACUCUAACUAUAAGAACGUAAAGAUGAGUGAAAUAUGGAUUAAUCUUCCAAGGUUCAGUGAAGAAUACAGCAAGGGGGUUAAAGAUUUUGUAGAAAAUGCUAUGGUUCAUUAUGCUGUAGAAAAUGAAAUGAAGUGUCCUUGUAGUUUAUGUAAAAGUAAGCAAUGGUGGGGUGCAGAACAAGUGUAUAACCACCUGAUUUGUAAUGGUCCAUCUGUGGUAGAAGUUAGUUGGAUUUACGACGUCUCAAACAUGGUAAAUGGUAGUACUGAAUGGAUGGAUUGUCAAGAAAAUGUCGGGUUCGAAGAUAAUCUGGAAGAAAUGUUGAAUGUUACUUGCGCCUACGGUGGAGCGAAUGCAGAUGCAAGGAAAUUUUUUCGCCUUGUUGAGGACGGAAAAAAGCCAUUGUAUCCGGGCUCCAAAAAAUUUACUCGGCUAAGUUUCCUUGUUAGGCUUUACCACUGGAAAUGUCUACAUGGAGUAACCGAGUCGGCAUUUGGUGAUCUAUUACUACUAAUAAAAGAGGCAUUCCCCGAUGUUGAAGUACCAUCCUCUUUCAAUGCUGCUAAAAAGGUAAUCAAGGAUUUAGGCCUUGACUACAAAAAAAUACAUGCAUGUCCAAAUGACUGCAUGUUAUUUUGGGAUGAAAAUAAGGAUGAAAUUUCUUGUAGAAACUGCGGUGCCUCAAGGUGGACUGAUGCGAAAAAUGGAGACGACAACAGCAAGAUUCCAGCGAAGGUCAUGAGAUAUUUUCCUUUAAAACCAAGGCUGCAGCGAUUGUAUAUGUCAAAGGAUUUCUCUAAAUUAAUGACCUGGCACGCAGUGGAGCGAAAGAAAGACGGAAAGUUACGACAUCCGGCAGAUGGCAAGGCCUGGAAGCUGAUGGAUUCAAAAUAUCCAACAUUUUCAGCAGAAAAACGGAACAUACGAUUGGGAAUAGCUGCUGACGGGUUGAGGUUUGUACCACAUCUUCACUAUAAUUAA